AUGAGUUUGUCGGACGAGAGCUCGGGAAUGGUCAUAUUGACUGGAAAUGCCCAUCCAACCUUGGCUCAGCUGGUCUGCGAGCGGAUGGGAGUGCGAAUGGGAGAAGCCGUGGUCUACAACAAGAGCAAUCGUGAGACUAGUGUGGAUAUCAAACAGGUAAUUUUGAUUUUUUAUAUUAUUCAUGGCAAUUGAGCGAAAAAAUCUGUGUUUCAUACCUAAAAUGAUAUAUUCGUUGCAGAGUGUACGAGGAAAGCACGUGUUCAUCAUCCAGUCGGCUUCUAAAGACGUUAACAACAACAUUUUUGAGCUGCUUAUUUUGAUGUACGCUUGCAAAACUUCGUCGGCCAAGACUGUUACCGUAAUCAUGCCGUAUCUCCCGUAUUCGAAGCAAUGUAGGAUGCUGCGUCGGUCCGCGGUUACGAUGAAGUUGAUUGCUGAUAUGAUCUGCCGGGCUGGUGCUAGUAGAAUGGUUUCUUUGGACUUGUACAAGAAAGAGAUCCAGGUGAGAGAAAUUUGAUAAAAAAAGUGGCCAAAGUUACCAUUAAACUGCAAGAAGAUGCAACUCAGUUGAUAACACAAGCUAGGUGAACCUCAAAAUCCUCGAAUCCGUGGAAAAAAGGUUUAACAGGAAGAAUAUAGUGCUCUACACGAAAUGCUGUCAAUUUUCAUUAUUUUUUUUUCAUUUUUGGUGCCUUUGUUGACCAAUUUGCCUUGUUAAACCAGAAGAAGAUCAUUCUAGAUCAACAACUCCAGCCAGAUGAACUCCCAAAUCCUCGAAUUCAUUAAAUGAAGUCGUGAAAUCGAGGGAAUUAGUCUAUUGUUACCUUAAUCUUGAGGUCAUGAAAAACUUCGUGAACAAGUUCGAGUCGGUUGUCAUAAAAUCUACCAAAAUUUGUUGUUGGUUGUCCGAAAAAAGAAUAGAACGGAUUACAACGAAUUUUGGCAAAUUUUAUGUCAACCAACUUGAACUUGUUCACGAGGUUUUUCAUGACCUCAAACCCAAGAUUAAGGUAACAAUAGACUAAUACCCUCGAUUUCAUGACUUCACUUGAUGAAUUCGAAGAUUUGGGAGUUCAUCUGGCUGAGGUUGUUGAUCUGGAUUGGUCUUCUUCUGGUUUAACAAGGCAAAUUGGUCAACAUAGGUACCUAAAAUGAAAAAAUUUUAUUGGAAAGUGAUAUCAUUUUGUGUAGAAGGCUCUAUUCUUCCUGUUUAUACCUUUUUUGAUUUGAUUUUGUCAUUAAUUUUUCGUUUUUUCAGGGGUUCUUCUCCAUUCCUGUGGAUAAUCUCCGAGCCUCGCCGUACUUGCUCCAAUACAUCAGAGAGAACAUUCCGGACUUUAAAAACGCUGUGAUUGUAGCCAAGAGCGCUGAGGUUAUGCAUAAGGUACGCAAAAAUGCUCUUUUUGUUAUUCAAUUUUUGGUCUGGUGUAAUAUAAUUUUCUCAUGGUUAAUAUAAAAUUUCCGUUUAUAUGUGUUUUUGAGCUAAAUUUCUUACUGAUAGAGGAAAGAAAUUUUGAUUCAAAUUAUUUUAAGGCCACCAGUUAUGCGGAUCGUCUUCGUUUGGGCAUCGCUGUUAUCCAUGGGGAAGCGCCGAAAUUCGAAAGUGAUGGAACGUUGAAGCACGAUGGCCGUCAAAGCCCGCCAUUAAACCAAGAUCGCCCUACAACUAGCUCUGGAAGGUUGAGUUCGUCCAGUCAAGGGGCAACAUUGGGAAACGCGACUUAUGAAUUGUUCCCAGUUUUGGUAAGGAUCAUAUAAAAAGUGCCAAAAAAGUCUCUGAAAUUUUAAGACUGCCAAGGAAAAGCCUCCAUUGACUGUUGUGGGGGAUGUUGGAGGCAAAAUUGCAAUUCUUGUGGACAAUAUCAUCGAUGAGGCCCAAUCCUUCGUCGCCGCGGCUGAAUGUCUCAAAAAAAGAGGUGCCUACAAGAUUUAUGUGGUCGCUACGCAUGGAAUUCUGUCGGCUGAUGCCCCCAAAAUCAUUGAAGACUCGUGUAUUGAUGAAGUGAGCUUGUUGUACACUUUUUUUUGGAAAUAAUUUUGGUGGAUAUCAGUGUAAUAUAAUUUUUAGGUCAUUGUGACCAACACAGUCCCCCAUGAAGUCCAGAAAAUGCGUUGUCACAAAAUCAAGACGGUAGACAUCUCCAUGAUCCUUUGCGAAGCCAUUCGACGCAUUCAGAACAAGGAAUCGAUGGCUUUUUUGUUCAAGGAUAUUACACUUGAUGAUUAA